GGUCAGAGACUGCAGGUGUAGUACAGGAGAUGGUCAGAGACUGCAGACAUAGUACAGAAGAUGGUCAGAGACUGCAGACAUGACACAAGGGAUGGUCAGAGACUGCAGACAUGGUACAGGAGACGGUCAGAGACUGCAGAGAUGGUACAGGAGACAGUUAGAGACUGCAGACAUGGUAAAGGAGAUGGUCAGAGACUGCAGACAUAGUACAGGAGAUGGUUAGAGACUGCAGACAUAGUACAGGAGAUGGUCAGAGACUUCAGACAUAGUACAGGAAAUAGUCAG